GGUUCUUUUCCACCGUUCUACGAAACCUCACCAUCUUCGUAGUUUCUUAGGUUCUUGAUGCCCGAAUGCUUCCCUCCUCCCUUGGCGAUUCCUUUUGAAAUGGCGUGGAUCUUGGCAGCCGUGACAGUGAUUUCUCUCUGGGCGAUCUCUCUAUGGAGAGUCCUAUGCGGUUUUUCUUGCUUUCCGUCGAAACCGGCAUUCCUCCCUUCUUCCGGUUCUGGCAAGAAAAGAAAUGUGUUACUCGUCGUGGCGCAUCCGGAUGACGAGUCCAUGUUUUUUGCUCCAACCAUUCUUUUCCUGACCUCAGAGGGGCAUAAUCUUCACAUUCUCUGCAUGUCAACUGGUAAUGCUGAAGGUGUGGGAAAUGUUCGUAAGGAAGAAUUGUAUCGGGCUUGUGUUGUUCUCAAGAUUCCGCUCCAACAUGUUAAAAUCUUGGAUCACCCAGAGUUACAGGAUGGAUUCAACAAUCGAUGGGACCAUAAAUUAUUAUCAACAAUUAUUGAAGAUGAAAUCAAAAUGUGGGAUAUUGACUCAUUAAUUACAUUUGAUAAGUUUGGAGUAUCUGGACAUCCAAAUCACCGUGCUGUUCAUCAUGGAAUAUGCAUGCUGUUAUCUGAUAACUCACAAAGAAACAUGGAAGCCUGGGAACUUAUCAGUACAAGUAUUCUUCGCAAGUAUAGUGGCCCUGUAGACAUCUGGUUUUCUAUCCUAUGCUCUCUAUCCUCAGGAAGACAGAUGUAUUGCAUUCCUAACAGCCUUCCUCGCAAAAGCUAUCUUGCAAUGGCUGAGCAUGAGAGCCAGUGGGUUUGGUUUCGGAAGUUGUUUGUGCUGUUCUCUAGUUAUACAUACACGAAUACGCUUCGGAAAAUCAAUUUCUAGACUCCAAAUGCAACUGAGUAUAUCAGGCUAAUCAGAAUGCUUUUAGAUCGGUUGUUCGAUAAGGGAAUCAUCCACGGAGUUCAUGGUUUCGUCAUGGAGCGAUGGGGAUACAAGAUAAGGCAUACAAAGAGCAGAUUAUGAUGUACUGCUAUUAAGCAUACUAAAAGUUGAGGUCUGUGGUUAGAAAGUUCCAAUGGCCUUCUAUAAGCUAAGGAUGAAGAUACAAAAUUUAGGCCUUAUCAUCCCAAUCCAUAUUUGUCUCAGUUGGAUUCUUUUAUCCUUUGUUUGCAUUGUUCUUAACGUAUCAUUUUAUGUUACUCAUACUAUUCAUACGAUGCCCUCCUCCCUUUCAACGUUAAAUGACCGAUACCUGAAGAUCACAAUUAUUUUUGUUUA